UAGACUAAAAGAACUUAAUGAAACGCAAAAUCGCAGACCGCCAUUGUUAGGGUUUUAGCUGCUUCAAGAAGAGCAACAAACUGCAAAAAUCAGGUAACAAUUUGAUCCAUAGGUUAACCGUAAAAUUUAUUCAUUAUCCAUUCCAGUUCAAUGAUCUUCCAAAAAAACAAAUUGUGCCUUAGCACUCUCUAUUUUACACUCACUAAAAACCCUAAAUUUAGGUCCCCAUUUCACACUCUUAACUCACUAAGCCCUUAUUCCUUCACUAUUUUACUCGAUAAUGGCUGCAAUAGUUUCAGGUCCUAUGUCUCUCCAAUGGGUAUCAGCUUAAUUUCCUCAAUUUCUUCCCCGUCAAAAAUCCCUCUUUUGGUGACAGACCCGAAUUUAUUAAAAAAUCCCAACUUUAGUUCUAACUGUGUUAAAAAAAGAAUUUCUUUGAGAAGUUACUGUUCUGGGAAGAGUAGUGAUGGUGAUAAGUCUAGUGAGUGGACUGAGGAGAUAGAGUAUUUAGAUGAAUCAGGCAGUAUUAUAUAUAGUGGUAAAGGUAUAAGGUCUGUUGAGCCUGGGCUUGAUGACCAUGUAAUGGUUGGUGGGAUAAAGAAGCCAAUCUUGAAUGCCUCGGCCGUUGCAAAGAUUGUUGAAGUUGUGAACAGGUGGAAAUGGGGGCCAGAAUUGGAGACCCAAUUAGAUAAACUCCAAUUUGUGCCUAAAAUGGUUCAUAUAAUACAGGCAUUGAGAGUUAUCAAAGAUAGUGAUGCAUCACUGAGUUUGUUUAGAUGGGCUAAGAGGCAGUCUUGGUAUGUGCCAGAUGAUGACUGUUACAGUAUGUUGUUUGAUGGGAUGAAUCAGAGUAGAGAUUUUGAUGGGAUUCAAUCGUUUUUCAAUGAGAUGGUCCAGGAUUCGAGUAAAGGUGGGAUUUCCUCAUUUGGCGCAUAUAAUAGGGUUAUUCAGUAUCUGGCUAAAGCUGAGAAAUUGGAGGUGUCUUAUUGUUGUUUCAAGAAGGUUCAGGAUUCGGGGUGUAAGAUUGAUACACCAACGUAUAAUGUGCUUAUGACCUUGUUUCUGAAUAAGGGACUGCCAUACAAGGCAUUUGAGAUGUAUGAGAGCAUGGAGAAGGCCGAGUGUUCAUUGGAUGGUCCAACAUAUGAAUUGAUGAUACCAAGCUUGGCAAAAUCAGGCCGUCUUGAUGCAGCUUUUAAGCUCUUCCAAGAGAUGAAGGAAAGGAACUUUCGGCCAAGCUUUAACAUCUUUGCAUCGCUUGUUGAUUCGAUGGGGAAAGCUGGGAGGCUGGACACCUCAAUGAAAGUGUACAUGGAAAUGCAGGGCUAUGGGCUUAGGCCAUCUGCUCCUAUGUAUGUUUCUUUAAUUGAGUCAUACGCAAAAGCUGGGAAGUUAGAUGCUGCUCUUAGGCUUUGGGACGAGAUGAAGAAAGCAAGAUUUCGGCCCAAUUUUGGGUUGUACACUAUGAUUAUUGAGUCCCAUGCAAAAGCAGGGAAGCUUGAUAUUGCAAUGUCCAUCUUCAAUGAUAUGGAGAAGGCAGGAUUUCUACCCACUCCAUCUACCUAUUCAUGUCUCUUGGAAAUGCAUGCUGGCUCUGGACAAGUAGAUUCUGCCAUGAAGCUGUACAACUCAAUGACCAAUGCCGGAUUGAGACCAGGCCUAAGUACUUAUACUGCCCUGUUGACACUUCUGGCUAAUAAGAAGCUUGUGGAUGUGGCUGCCAAGAUUUUACUUGAAAUGAAGGCCAUGGGAUUCUCUGUUGAUGUGAGCGCAAGUGACGUUUUAAUGGUAUAUAUCAAGGAUGGUUCUAUUGAUUUAGCUUUGAGGUGGCUACGUUUUAUGGGUUCGUCAGGAAUUAGAACAAAUAACUUCAUAAUUAGACAGUUGUUUGAGUCAUGUAUGAAGAAUGGUUUGUAUGAGUCAGCCAAGCCUCUUCUCGAGACCUAUGUCCAUUCUUCUGCUAAAGUGGAUCUCGUACUUUAUACUACAAUUCUUGCUCAUCUUGUUCGUUGCCAGGAGGAGCAGAAUGAAAGGCAUUUGAUGUCGAUCCUUAGUGCCACGAAACAUAAAGCACAUGCUUUUAUGUGUGGACUAUUCACUGGGCCAGAGCAGAGAAAGCAACCAGUGUUAUCCUUUGUCAGAGAAUUCUUUCAGGGUCUUGAUUACGAGUUGGAAGAGGGUGCUGCAAGGUACUUUGUUAAUGUGCUCCUCAAUUACCUGGUUCUUAUGGGGCAAAUAAAUCGAGCUAGAUGUGUCUGGAAAGUUGCCUAUGAGAACAAGCUUUUUCCCAAGGCAAUAGUUUUUGAUCAACAUAUAGCUUGGUCCCUUGAUGUCAGGAAUCUAUCAGUGGGAGCAGCUCUCAUAGCUGUUGUGCACACCCUUCAUAGGUUCAGAAAACGCAUGUUGUAUUAUGGUGUUGUACCCAGACGCAUCAAAUUAGUUACCGGACCUACUCUGAAAAUUGUGGUUGCCCAAAUGUUGAGCUCAGUAGAAUCCCCAUUUGAGGUUAGUAAGGUUGUUUUGAGAGCUCCAGGGGACUCUGUCAUGGAGUGGUUUAAGAAGCCUAUCGUCCAACAAUUUCUUCUAAAUGAGAUUCCAUCAAGAGCUGAUAUCCUUAUGCACAAGCUGAACAUACUUUUUCCAAGUUCUGCACCUGAAAUCAGAUCGUUAGCCCCUCCUAAGCCGCUAAUUUAAGGGGAAAACAAGGCAAUUAUUGUUGACAUCUGAGACUCAGAGCAAUUACUGGCGAUGUAUUUUUAAGAUGGAAUUGUAAGUUCUCUGCUGAGUGGUGUUGCCUGUUUUUAAUACCAAUUUUCCUUUCAAAUCUUAAAAGAAGUGUAAUAUGCAAUAUGAAGAGAUGUGCCGUGUAAUUUUUAUCAAUAAAAAAUUCUUAUUAUAAAGGAUCAGUUUAUAUGUCAUAGAAU